AUGCCCAAAAAGAAGGGUAACAAGGUGGGAAUGGCGGGAAGACGGCAGUCGAUGACCGCUCAAAUAACACGACAAGCAAGGCGGCUUUCAACUGUAAUCGCGCCACAAUUCACAAAAAUUGAACCCGUCAACAUAUUACAAAAAGUGGAAGGUGUCGAGAUACGGAUCAGCGACAUGACACAGUACCAACGAGCAGUGACCCAGUAUGUGACGAGAAACUCUGUACAAUUCGAUCCUAUCGACUUCGACAUCACCGAUCUCAGUGGUUGUCGCAUCAUGCAAGCCAGCCUCUAUCCGGAAGGCAUGAUGUUGAAUGAAGGAAAACGAAAAGUAUGCGAUGUGACGCUAGUGAAUGACGACGAUUCACCUAGCUUUAUCGCAAAAAUUUCACAUCCAGUAACGGGUAUGACGGUGUAUGAGAUGCGUGAAAUUGGUGACAUUGUCACGAUACAAGCAAAUACGGAUGAAAUGAAUGGUACUCGAAUCGAAGCGAUCCGACCCACAUGGCUCAACAUACUGUUCACUUGUGGAUGUGCUUUCACACGACAAAAAUGGAACCUGAUCACCCAUGACAUCGUCACGGCCAUUGUCGAGCCGAAGACCUCCUUUUUCGAAGAGAACUCCGUGAAAAUGGAGUGGGUGAUGAAUAGUGAGAACGAGCUUCGCGUUAUCGCCGUAUCGUUUGGUUUGGCGCUAAUGGUACGUGAAGCGUUCCCAUCACUCAUGCACAUACUCAAGGAAUUCCGUUCACGACGUGCAGUCGUAUAA